AUGCCUCGUUCUUCUCGUACAGGUGAAUUAAUUUUUGACCCCGAGGUAGAGAAGACUGCGCGUAGAACGAGAAAAGAGACCAGACAACUCCGAGAGGAGCAUUCUAGUGCUGCGUCUCAGAGACCUGAGCCGGAAGUUGACCCGACAGAUUCAUCUAGCGAUACUUCGAGUGACUCGGAUCCCGAAGAAGUCACUAUGGCCAAUGCACGGACAUUGAGGGAGUUGGUUGCUCCUGAUUUGAAUCAGCAGCCUUUGUGCAUUACUUUCCCGAGUUUAAAUGAUAAUACUCCAUUUGAGUUAAAAUCUGGUCUAAUUCAUCUCUUGCCAUCUUUCCAUGGCUUACCAGGUGGGGAGCCUUAUAAGCAUUUGCAGGAGUUUGAUGUCGUGUGCAACAGUAUGACGUCCCCAGGAAUCACAGAAGAGCAGAUUAAAAUGAAGGCAUUCCCCUUCUCCUUGAAAGAUUUGGCAAAAGAUUGGUUGUACUACCUACCCCCAAGUAGUACCACCACGUGGGACCAACUAAAGAAAAAAUUCUUAGACAAGUAUUUUCCCGCGUCUCGAGUUGCAAGUCUAAGAAAGGAGAUCUGUGGUAUCAAGCAGCACCCAGGGGAGUCGCUCUAUGAUUACUGGGAGCGAUUUAAGAAGUUGUGCAUCAAGUGCCCUCAGCACCAAAUAAGUGAGCAAUUGCUCAUACAAUAUUUUUACAAGGGGCUAUUUUUCGGAGAUAGGAGCAUCACAGACGAUGCAAGUGGAAAGGCACUGGUGAACAAGACCCCUCGAGCGGCGUGGAAACUAAUUGUGGGAAUGGCCGAAAACUCGCAACAGUUUGGCACGAGGGAGGAUGUCUCGAUUCGCAAAGUGAAUGAAGUAGAGACAUCCUCUAUCCAGCAGCAGCUGACUGAGUUGACUUCUUUUGUUGGGCAGCUGGCUGUAGGAAAUGCAUCUCAGGCUAAGGUGUGCGGGAUUUGCACUGGUAUGGGUCACUCCAUAGAGAUGUGUCCAAUGAUUCAAGAGGAAAGUGCAGAGCAAGUGAACAUGCCUAGUCACGCGCCCGCGCCAAGAAAAGCCUAUGACCCGUACUCAAAUACGUAUAAUCCGGGCUGGAGGGACCAUCCCAACCUCAGCUAUGGAGGGAACAGGCAGUCUAACUUUGUGCCAAAUAGACAACAAGGGUACCAGCAGCAGUACCAACCCCGACCACCUCCGCCACCGAGUUCAAGUCCGUCCAUGGAAGAGAUGAUGAAGCAAUUACUUGCUAAUUAA